AUGCGAAGACAUCGUCACACAUUCGACAAGCAGAGUCUCGGAACCGAAAACAACAACCGUCUCAAUCCAUCCGAAAAACGAGAGUUAAAAAUUGCCGAAAUUAAAAUGGCACUGUAUGUUGCAAAUCACAGUUCAAUUAAAAGUGUAGAUCACUUGGGUGAAGUUUUAAAGCAACAUGGCAAAGGUAGUCAGCUUGAAAAAGUACGUUUACACCGCACAAAAGCAUCUAAACUUAUUUUAAACGUAGUGGCACCUGAAAUGUUAAUCGAACUAAUUAAAGAUAUUGGUGACCAAGAUUAUUCAGUUAUAUUGGAUGAGUCGACAGAUGUGUCGACGGUUAAAUACAUGGCAGAAUUCUUCUCUAAAGUUGGCUUGAAUCUUGACAAAUUAGUGGGCAUAGGAACUGAUGGAGCCAGUAAUAUGUGCGGUGUGAAGCACAGUUUAUUCACUUUAAUUAAAAAAGACUAUCCCAAAGUCCAACUAAUGAAGUGUAGUUGCCAUUCUCUAAGUCUGUGUGCGUCAAAAACAAGUGACGAAUUACCAGCUUCUGUCGACUUUUUGUUAAAAGAAACCCAUACUGUUUUAAAGGAAGUUACUGAUUUAAAUAUUGCAUUCCAAAAAGCAAAUGCUGACAUAACAAAACUUUAUACUGAUUUAAGAAUUCUAUUAUUAUCUGUAGCGAGGAGAAUUUUUAAGCCUAUUUAUUUAAAAUCUAUUCCGCCAAAAACAGCUUCAACGGCAAUGAUCCAUCAGGCAGAUAUAGCUGCUGAUAUAGCUGCUCAACGUGCAAUAUCAAAAGCCAACUGUGACUUUGAUAACUCCUUACUACCAUUAGACUCAGUUGAUUUUGGUUAUAAAUUUACUAUGUAUCUUACCAAGUCUACUAUUUCUAGCGAAAAUUUACAGACUGUGAAAGUGAGAUCAAGAUCAUACAUGCUCAAGUUAUGUGAGGAGUUAGUUAAGAGAUUUCCUGAUAAUAUCUCAGUUUUAACUAACAUACGGUAUUUUACCCUGAGAUUAUGUAUGGAUCAAACGUCUAAUGUUUCUGUCGAGUGCCUACCAUGGGAUUUAGCAGGUAAACAUACACCUCAAGACGCAGGCAGAGAUGCAAUUGAAAGACAGUGGCGGAACUUAAGAACUAUGAGAAUUAGUGAAAUUUGUGAUAAUGUUGAUGAGAACAUUAGCACUAUUGAUUUUUGGAUUGCUGUAAACAAAAUUGAGAAUUCUAAUGGCUCUAAGCGGUUUAAAGAUUUAGCAGCAUUUGCUUUGAGGGCACUAUCUUUGCCCACAAGCAAUGCGGAUGUUGAACGUGUAUUCAGUGUGAUGGCUUUGAUCAAAACAAAAUGUAGGAAUCGCAUGUUAAUAGAUAUGCUAGUCUCUUUAAUGCGAAUACGCAUUCAUAUGCGAGUAUUUAAGCUGUGCUGUAAGAAUUAUAUGCCAACUGAUGACAUGGUAAAAAGAUUUACUAGUCAACUGUAUGAGAGUCAAAAAGUAACCAAAAAAUUAGAUGAAGAUGACAAUAAUGAUAAUAUGGCUAGUGAUAAUUUGAUAACCACCAUGAAUUUACUUGAAUAUUCAGAAGACAAUGAUGACAAAGAUGAUAUCGACGAUAUCUAUGAUUAA